AUGGCGUCCUCGUCCAUGAUCACCUUCGCAGCCGCCUUGUGCCUUGUGGCCGCUUCCGCCGUCGCCGUUCCGCCGGCCACCCUCCAGGAGACGUGCCAGAGCGCUGGCGAGCAGGAGGCGCUGUGCGUGCAGCUGCUGUCGUCGACCCCGGCGGCCCAGAAGACGCCGGUGGACACGCCCGGGCUCGCCCAGGCGGCCGUGAUGGCGGCGGGGUCGAACGCGACGGAGACGGCGGCGCACCUGCAACGGCUCUUCGACUCCGAAGACCUCAAGAACAUGAGCCCGGAGCUCCAGCGCUGCGUCGAGGACUGCACCGAGAGGUACCAGUCGGCCGCCAAGUUCCUGGGCCAAGCAUCGGAGAAGAUGACCGCGGGCUCCUUCGAUGAGGCGGGCGUGCUGAUCGACGGCGCGCAGUCGGUGGUGAGCCUGUGCCAGCGGUCGUGCCAGGGGGUGCCGCAGGGGGAGCUCACGGCGUGCACCAAAGGCGUCGACCAACUCUGCACCAUUGCCGCAUCAGUCACUCGGUUGGUCGUUCAGAAGUAAUUAUAACAUCUGGGUUGUGCGAUGUAUACCCAAUUACCCAUCGACAUCGUUCAGCUGGUCAGUUAUUUGAUACUGACGGCCAGCGGCGGAGCUCCCCUUGGGCCAGCAGGGAACGGUGACCUCACCUUUGUUUGCGAUCCUUUCAUGUAUAUAUAGCAGAGAAAUUAGUACGUGUUAGCUUUUGUGGAAACUUGAGGUCUGCCUGGCCAAACAUGAGCCGGGUUAAGACGACAGUUUUUGUAUUUUAUUUAGGGAAAUACACAUUUAAAUGGUGGAAUACUAUGUGUACAUGAGAUUUCUUGUACAAAAAAUGUUACAUUUGGUUUC